AUGGAUGGCAGUAGCUGUACAGGGAAACGGGUUGGUGAGUACCAAGGUGCAUACAAGAUAUCUAAGGGUUUGCUUGACAAGUAUGGCCCUGAUAGGGUUCUUGAUACUCCAAUUACUGAGGUUAUAAACCCGCAAAUUGAUCACCAUUGUCCAUUCAUAAGCUGUCAGGCUGGCUUCACUGGCAUUGGUGUUGGUGCCGCCUACCAUGGUCUUCGACCUAUUGUAGAGUUCAUGACAUUUAACUUUUCGAUGCAGUGCUAUGCAGCUUGGUAUGCACAUGUUCCCGGAUUGAAAGUUCUAGCUCCAUAUUCUGCAGAAGAUGCUCGAGGUUUGCUAAAAGCGGCAAUCAGGGAUCCAGAUCCUGUUGUGUUCCUUGAAAAUGAACUUCUUUAUGGUGAAUCGUUCCCUGUUUCUGCUGAGGUACUUGAUUCUAGCUUCUGCCUUCCGAUUGGAAAGGCUAAGAUAGAGCGUCAAGGGAAAGAUGUCACUAUCACUGCAUUCUCCAAGAUGGUUGGAUAUGCUCUUCAGGCCGCCGAUAUACUGGCCAAGGAAGGUAUCAGUGCCGAGGUAAUCAAUCUUCUCUCGAUUAGACCGCUGGAUAGAGCUGCUAUUAAUGCAUCUGUGAGGAAAACCAAUAGAUUGGUAACCGUGAGAAGAAGGCUUCCCUCAACAUGGGAUUGCAUGUCUGUUGUAGAGGACAGCUUUGAGUAUCUUGAUGCACCAGUUGAGAGGAUUGCUGGAGCUGAUGUGCCCAUGCCAUACGCUGCCAACCUUGAGAGGAUGGCUGUUCCACAGGUGGAUGACAUCGUCCGGGCAGCCAAGCGUGCUUGCUACAGAGCAGCAGUACCGAUGGCAGCAACAGCCUAA